CCGGACGGCCGGCGAAAUGCCGACCGUGAUACCUACCGCGCACAGCGUGCGCGCAGGCACGCCCGGCAGGCCCAGCGAGUACGCAGGCAGCGUCCGCGCGCCUAGUAACGCGCACGCGUGCCUAGUACUCGGCAGACAAGCAUCGCGAUGCCACAGUUAUGCGUGUAGACGAGCGCAGUGCACGCCAACGCGCACGGCAGCGCACAUCUCUGCUCACCCGCGUAUGUCGCAACGCGUCACAUGCUCAGCAGCGUGUCCCGCGAAGCACGUACGCACGCCAGCAGCAUACUACGCACGCUGGCCAGUCACCACGCACGCCAGCACGCUCAGCAGCGUGCCAGCGAUGCACAGCAGGCCUCGGCGUUGCCCGGCAGCACGUCCGAGUGUCCCACCACCAGAUCACCAGGAACGCCCACAGGCCACAGUGGUCGCUUUGUUUCGCGACUACCAUCCAGAAAAGUUUUCCGGCCAAGGAGAUCCUCGUGUAGUAGAUGAAUGGGUUCAGGGUCUCGAGAUUAUUUUCGAGGUCAUGAACUGCCCCAAUCGUUAUCGCAUGUUAUGUGCCCAGAUCAAGCUGACCGGUGAUGCCAGACUUUUGUGGCAAGCCUAUUGGAGUAUGCAUCCCGGUGAAAAAGACGGUUGUAUGUGGGACCAGUUAAAGGAGCUGAUCCGAGAAAAGUAUUAUCCCUCGUAUUACCGAGCAGACAUGGAGCGCCAGUUCUUGGCACUCACUCAGGGUACUCGUACUGUCGACGAGUACGAAAGAGAGUUCACCCGUCUCGGAGCCUUU